AUGGCGCGCCGCACGCGCACGACGCCCCGGCGCCGCGUGUUCAGCACGCUGCGCUGCAUGCAGCUGACGGGCACGACGACGCCUCCGACGGUCGCGCAAGUCGCGCAGACCGCGCAGUGGAAGCGGCAGGGCGCGCGGCCCCGUCUCCAGACAGUGGCCGACCUGCCGACGGCGUUUGUCGCGUCGCUGGACGCCGACGAAGCGCGCGCGCACGCGCUCGAGCGCUCGUUCCACGGCCGGAAACAGAGCUUUGUACUGCUCUUGCGCGAGCUCUACGCGCUGCUGGACGGCGUGACGCAGGACCGCCGCCAGCUGCGGCUCGUGCUGCAGGAGCUCGUGCAGCGCCUCUUGGACCCGAGCGGCGUCUACGCCGACGCGGACAGCGACCGCGCCGCGCUGAGCGACCACGUGGACGAGUCGGUCGGCCGUUACGUCGCGGCCGAGCGCGAGACGUUCCUGCGCGUCGGGGGCGACGAGUGUCUGUUGCGCGUGCUGCACGCGCUGCGUCUCGAGGACCAGUUGCUGCUGGAAGCGGCCGAGAAGCAGCCGCCGGUCUGGUCGACGCUCGUGCUGGACGGUGAGCGCCGGCAGCGACACGGCGUGAGCCCCCGCAGCGACGUGCGGGCGCUGUGGGAGACGCCGGUGCCGGUCGUCGUGGCCCCGGGCAAACACGGGGCCGACGCGUCGCUGCGGAAGCACAUUCUAAACGACGCGAUGGCGAUUUUGCGCGAGCUGUGCUACUUCUCGAGCAACUUGGCGCGCCAGCUCGGCGACAAGGACGGCCUGAUCGUGUACCUGUUCCAGCUCAUGGGCGACGUGCGGUUCUUUGACAAUGCGUCGGGACUAGUGGAAGAGAUUUUGGCCGUACGGGACACGUCGUUCGACCUCAGCCGCAUUCCGAAUGUGCACGCAAUUAUGCAGUCGCUGUCGUCGAGACAGCUGGCGUUCUUUUGCCGCGUGUUGGCGCUGGUGGUGUUUGAGCCAGAGGACCGACGACUGUUGGAGACGGCGAAAGUGAUCAAGUCGCUGGAACUGCUGAAGCUCCGCCGCAGUCGCAUGAUGCGCGCCGACAAUAUCGUCGACCGCAAUCACGCGCUCAUUUUCAACUCGCCGUUGAUCUUGCAGCGCCUGCUGCUGGUUUUGCAAGUGCAGAACUUUUACUUUGCACUGAAUCCAGUGUACGAGCCGUUUUCGUCCGAGCUCGCGACGUCUGCCGAGUUUGCUACUCUGCUCUACCAAACGAGCGGUCGCAGUGACUGGGACACGAUUGAUCGCCUGGUCACGCAUCCAGUGCUUGGCGCAUCCGGAGACCUCACGAUUUUCCACCGACAUCACCAAGAACGAGCUACAGCAGCAGCGGGUGGCGAUUCGUUCUCGUCUCCGUCGUCGCACAUACAACAAGCAGCGCAACAGCAGCCGUUCUCUGCCGAGACGGCUAUCUUGCGCGACCUGAUCUUCCGCAAUCGAUCACCAGACCAACGCGCUCGGGAAGACACUGAGGCCCAAAUCAUCAUGAAGUCUAUCGUACUGGCUCCGUACCGCGUCGAGGUGCUGUUUGUGCUUUGUACGUUGCUGAAUGGCAAACGCAAAGUGGAUUUCCAAGAACGGCUUGCAGAGGUGGGUCUUGUGAAAACACUGAACACGAUGUUCGACAAGUUCCAGUGGACCACAACAGUGCCCUCGAAUCCAGUACAUGAGCCGUUGCAUGGACCUGGCUGCGACUGCAGCUUGGACGCAUCGUUGAAGAUCCAGUUCCUCCGGCUGAUCCACAACUUCUGUGACCGCGACUACAGUGACAAUACGAGCAAGCUGUUGUUGCUGAGUGAGCAUGAGAUCCAAUUGAUGAAUGAUGGGAGCUCCACGCCCAUUGACCUCGAUCAUCCUGACAAGGGGUUGCUGUCGAAGAUUAUUUACGCGCUGAUUAAACAGCCGGUCGACUCGAUCUAUCGAUUUUGGCUGGCGUCUUGCGUGGAGGCAUUUUUGCGGCGAGCGACUUCGAGUGAACAGCUUUUUGUAGCACGCACGCCAUUGUUGCAUGCUUUGGUCAAUGAGAUUCUUGUCGGAGGCGCCUAUCGCUCACAAGGGAGUUUUCAGUCAGCUUUCGAUUUGCUUGGAGAGAUGACCAAGGGCAACUGGCUGACAUUGCAGCUAUUCCACGGUCUUCUGAGCAACACCCAGUUUGCCGCUUUCAUGGAAGUGGUGGUACUGAACUUGGUGGAUUCAAAUGUGUUUAUCCGGUCGAUGCUGCUGUCGUCAGAGAAGUUUGCGAAACAGCCAACGAGUGGAACAUUUGGUCUAGCGGAUGACUUUGAAAUGGACCGCAUGAGCGAGUUCUUAACAGUAAAUCUGGUUCGCCUACUACGUGAUCUCAUGACGAUCGUCACAAUGGACGACAUCAAUCACGAAAAUAUUUGCUGUUUGAACACAGCCAUUGUGAUCUUUGUCUUUCAGCAUCGUCGACAGCGGCUCCCGGCUAUUCUUGAGGCGCUGCGUGAUUACGAAGAAGUAUCUGGUAAGCAAGGCUACGUUUGCAAUAAUUUCCGUGGCUUGCUAUGGUUUUGGAUCCAGUAUUACACCCCACGUGGCCGCGACCGUCUCGGGCUCGAGCACUCAAGCGAAGUCAAGUUCGAAGAAUGGCGACACGUUGUCUCGCUACUGUGUGCUGACGAUGGUUCCAAGACGGCUUUGCUCUCGACGCCAGCGCGCCUGCCGCUGUCCCCGUAUUCGCGCCUGUAUGCUACUCCCCGAAGAAGGUGCCUGUAA